AUGACUUUACUAAUAAUGAUUACCCUAACCUCAAUAUCAUUGUUACUUGCCGCCGCCGAAACAAUCCCGACAACUUUAGACGGCCCGUUCAAGCCAUUAACCCGCCGGUUCGAGCCGUCUCUACGACGAGGCAGUGACGACUUACCUAUGGAUCAUCCAAGGCUGAGAAAGAGAAACGUUAGCUCCGAUUUUCCAGAACAGAUUGCUUUAGCUCUCUCUACACCAACCUCCAUGUGGGUUUCUUGGGUCACUGGUGAUGCUAUAGUUGGCAAAGAUGUGAAACCGCUUGAUCCUAGUUCUAUUGCUAGUGAGGUUUGGUAUGGGAAGGAGAAAGGAAACUAUAUGCUAAAGAAGAAAGGAAACGCAACAGUUUACAGUCAGUUAUAUCCCUCUGAUGGUCUUCUCAAUUACACAUCAGGCAUCAUACAUCAUGUCCUCAUUGACGGUCUGGAACCAGAAACUAGGUAUUAUUAUAGGUGUGGUGAUAGCUCUGUUCCUGCAAUGAGUGAGGAGAUUUCUUUUGAGACUUUGCCAUUGCCAAGUAAAGAUGCAUAUCCUCAUAGAAUUGCCUUUGUUGGGGAUUUGGGUCUUACUAGUAAUACUACAACCACCAUUGACCAUUUGAUGGAAAACGAUCCCUCAUUGGUUAUAAUUGUUGGGGACUUAACUUAUGCAAACCAGUAUCGUACUAUUGGUGGUAAAGGAGUUCCAUGCUUCUCAUGUUCGUUUCCUGAUGCACCUAUAAGGGAGACUUAUCAACCUCGCUGGGAUGCUUGGGGAAGGUUCAUGGAGCCAUUGACUUCCAAGGUCCCAACGAUGGUCAUUGAAGGCAACCAUGAGAUUGAGCCUCAAGCUUCAGGGAUCACCUUUAAGUCAUAUUCUGAAAGGUUUGCUGUUCCUGCAAGUGAGAGUGGCUCCAACAGCAACUUCUACUAUUCUUUUGAUGCCGGAGGAGUGCAUUUUGUUAUGUUGGGUGCAUAUGUUGAUUACAAUAACACUGGGCUGCAAUAUGCAUGGCUAAAGGAAGACUUGUCUAAAGUUGAUCGCGCUGUGACACCAUGGCUGGUUGCAACUAUGCAUCCACCUUGGUACAACAGCUACUCCUCGCAUUACCAGGAGUUUGAAUGCAUGAGGCAGGAAAUGGAAGAGCUUCUUUACCAAUACCGUGUUGACAUAGUUUUUGCAGGACAUGUACAUGCAUACGAGAGAAUGAACCGCAUAUACAACUACACACUAGACCCAUGUGGACCAGUUUACAUAACAAUAGGAGAUGGUGGAAACAUUGAGAAAGUUGAUGUGGACUUUGCUGAUGACCCUGGGAAGUGUCACUCUUCCUACGAUCUUUUUUUUUUCAAUUCUUUGAAUCUUUCUAAUUAA